AUGCUUGAUGAUAUUUUAAGACACUGUUUGCAAGAGUGCCAAGCUGCCAAGUUCAUAUCUCCUAAUACCAAGUCGACAACCAUUAAUCAAAUGUCUAGAGUCGGUGUUUUAGUUCUAGGACCAGCUGGUGCUGGUAAAUCUACGUUUUGCAAUGCUAUAAUAUCACACAUGCAAAGCAUUGGACGCAGAGCUCACAUUGUCAACUUGGAUCCUGCAGCUGAAGCCACGAAGUACGAGUUUACUAUUGAUAUUAGAGACCUAAUUUCCUUAGAGGAUGUUAUGGAGGAGUUCGGUUUGGGGCCUAACGGGUCGUUAAUUUAUUGUUUUGAAUACCUACUUAACAAUCUGGAUUGGUUAGAUGAAGAAAUCGGCGACUAUAAUGAUGAAUAUUUGAUUUUUGAUUGUCCGGGCCAAAUUGAGCUUUAUACUCACAUCCCGGUCUUACCUACUAUCGUUCGCCAUCUUCAAAACCAGUUAAAUUUCAAUUUGUGCGCGACUUACUUGCUUGAAGCUCCAUUUGUAAUAGAUACCUCCAAAUUUUUCAGUGGUGCAUUAAGCGCCAUGUCAGCUAUGAUACUAUUAGAGCUUCCCCACAUUAACAUUUUGAGUAAACUUGAUUUGGUAAAAGAUUCACAUAACAAGAAGGCGUUGAAGAAGUUUCUCAACCCAGAUCCGCUGUUGUUGACCGAUAAAGUUAACGAGGAAACGAAUCCAAAAUUCCAUAAGCUAAACGAAGCUAUUGCCAACUUGGUAGAUGAUUUUGGUAUGGUGCAAUUCUUACCUCUUGAGGCUAAAAAUCCGGAGAGUGUUUCAACAAUAUUGAGUUAUAUUGAUGAUGUGACUCAGUGGGCAGAAGCACAAGAGCCUAAAGAGCCAAAUGAUCAGAUCGAAAUUGAUGACAUGUAG